CACAGUCAUACAAAAACAAGGUGAUUGUCCCUGCCCUGGGAUUGGCAUCACCCACACGUUGUGAUCUCUGCCACACCAUAGAAAGUAGCAACAAUACACAAAAGUUCAGGGAAUCUGUAUUGCCGCCAAAAUGUGUGAUUUUGUCGCUGGUCCCCGACAUUCAUUGAAAAGGGGAUCCAAGGCAUCUGUCUGGGGGCUUAUAGCUCUUGUCCAGAAACUUCCGUUAGAGACAAAUGCGGAUCGCAAAUUGGAUUUUUCCUAUCAUCACAAUGUUCCAGCUGCAAAAAUUUCCGAUGCUCUAAAGUCUGCUCUACACGAUAUGGGAAUCAAUUCACAUUCGACGCCGAGACCCGAUGAAACCGUGGAGAUUGAUAUUAGUGGGUCGGCGCUCGGGAGUGAAGGCUUUCGGGAAGUUGUUACGGACGGUUUCCUCAAAUCAGUAUUUGAAGAUGGCAGUGUGAACGAAGCAAUACUACCGUUAAGACAUGUGCACCUGACGUCAAGAAGGAACGAUUUGGACACCGACUCCGUCUCUAUUUUGUUUGGUGCCCUUACGAGUGAUACGAAUGCAUCUAAUACAUCUGGAACGCGAACUGAUUCAAACUCAGACCCAGCAAGCAUGAUCGCAUGCAAAUCAAUAACGAUCGAAAGCCUGGACCUUGGUUGGAAUAAACUGAAUCCCGAUGAAAAUUCCGCGAGCACUGCGUUUCUUCAAGCCCUGCGUUUGCUGAUUGCCCACCCUUCGUGCUGCCCGAGUACGCUAAGACUCGACAGCUGUGGGCUGGGCCCAGCGGCCUGCCGGGCCAUCGGUAAAGGCAUGAUCAAUCGCUGGACGGAAGGAACCGACUCGGAUAUACUAAAGAGUCCGCAACCCAAGCCCUUGUCAUUGCAUUUUUGUAUGAAUCAGGCCAUUGGAGAUGGAGGAGCGGCCGCUUUGGCUGCCGCCAUCCGAACGAUUGCUUUGGCUAGCGACGAGAAGACCGACCCAAAUAGAGCCGUGUUAGAAUGCCUCGAUCUUUCUGCUUGCGGCAUCGGUGAUACCGGUGCUGAGGCCCUCGCACACGCUAUUGAAAGCUCACCGAACUGCUUGAUCCGGCAUUUGGAUUUGAGCAAUAAUUGCAUCACCGAUCAAGGAGCGACUGCUCUCGGUCGCGCUCUUUUGAACCCUGAGCACGCAGGCACAAGGCAAGGACCUGGUUUGUUGAGCUUAAAUCUAAGCAACAAUAAGAAUAUUGGUGAUCGUGGAGUGAUGGCUCUGGCAGAAGCUUGGGAAAAGCGAGGAAUUGGCACGUUAUCGCUUAGUAGCUGCCACAUCAUGGCCGAAGGUGCGAGCUACUUUGGCGCAGCACUGCGCAAGCUGACUUCCAAUAAUACAACCGAAGAAGAGAAAAAGGGCACCUCCUAUCUAGAUUUGAGUGGAAAUCCUCUCGGUGUUUUGCGAGGCAAGAAUAAGAAGGACGGGAGGAAGUACUCCGCGAGUCGGCUAAAGAACAAAGCUAGUGCGACAGCAGCUUCUUACAUGAAUAUGUUAAAAAAGGGUUUAAAGGGUGCCGGUGUGGACGUUUCACCAGUAUUUGGAUCUACGGCAGAGAGUGAUGAUGAUGAGGAGAAAACUGGAGGAGAAUUGGAUGACGAUGAAGCCAAUGAGAGCCCCGACAUAUCUAAAGCCAGGUGUGGUGCUAAAGCGUUGACAAACGCUUUUUUGGGAGAUUCUUCAACCAUUGAUUAUAAAACUACUCAGAAUUUAAUGGCCUGUGAUUUGCACAUUCAUAUUGGCCUUCGCCAUUGCUUCAUUGAUCAUGGAGCGGCAGACGCACUAGCAGCUCUGCUGUUAUUUGCGAGAAAUGAACUACAUGUACAUUUGACGAUGGAUCUUGAACUCAAUCCAGUUUUGGAAGAUGAAAUGCUAGUCGCAUUGCAAGGUGACGAACUCUACGAGGAUCGCCUGCAUGAAAUGGCAGAACGACAUACAGAUGCGAUGGAAGUCUUACGAGACGCUAAAAGACGAGCGAGCGAAGCAGCCAAAGCGGCUUCGACUCGAGCAAGAUAUUCUGAAGAAGCCUUUGAAGCGGAUUGGGAUGCCGCACCAUCAGAUUUUGGUGGUGACUUGGAGGAUUCCGAUGGUGACUAUGAAGAGGAAGACGAAGAGUUUUACUAA